AUGGAUCGCUGGCACAGCAAUAUCGACAGGAUCGUCCUGGAUGCUACCGCAAGCGACCCGGUCGAGCAGCCGAAGGCCAAGACGGCGAUCGUCUGCCCACCCACCAUAUAUGGCACCAGAAUUGGUCCAGUUACAAAGCGCAGUGUUCAAAUCCCGGAUCUGGCAAAAGCCUCGCUACGCAGAUGGAAAGCGCUUACUGUCAUCCAGGGACAGAACGAGUGGAGGAACAUAAAUGUCGCCGAUUUAGCGGAUGCGUAUGUUAUUCUUGUUGAGGAAGCCUUUAAAGGGGGUGGAAAAGCAUAUUGGAACGGCGACGGGUACUUCUUCAUUGAAAACAGGCAGCAUACUUGGAAGGAUGAGGCGAAGACGGUUGCCAUGGAUGGGUUCAAGAAGGGUUAUCUGAAAACCCCCGAUGCUGAGCCUCGUUCCGUAAAGAAAUGUCUUGAUAUUCAAGAGGGCCCUGCUCUAGGGCCUGCGAUCUGCGAGCUGGAAAGUCGUAUACCUGCUAGCGAAGGCGGUGAACUGCAAUAUGUGUGA